AUGGCUCAUCCAAAGCGGCAUCGCGCCUGGUCGUUUUCUGAUUGUCCAAAUUUAUCGGAAUGUCUUGGAUCUUCAAACAUUCUGUCGGAAACUCCAUCGAAAGUUAACAAUUCCUUUAGGAGAGUUAGAACCUUUUCUUGUAAUCCGCCUGUCGGCUCAUUUGAAGAUCUCGUUCGUGAGGCGGAGAUACAUACUGCCACUCUUCCAUUUUCAUCCGAAAAGCCAAAUAAUGCAGUUCGCCUCUCCCCAUCAUAUUCGCGUUUUUGUCCACUUGCAUAUAAUGAUCAAUGCCAAACUAAACAUAAAUCUCCUACAGUAGUUUCACCUUCUUUAAAUAGACGCGUAUGCCGGUCUCCUCCCAAAGUGGUUUUUGGUCAACCCAUCGUCUCAUUUUCCUUUCCAACAGAUAACAUUAUCAGACCCUCACCCCUUACUAACUCUCUUCUUAUCGAAUAUUUGGCUCUUGUUACUACUGAUAAUCCCUAUGGGGGUCUAGUAGGUCUUUCAGAGGACGGAAAAUCCAAAGAGUCUGCUCCCGAAACAUCAUUAUCUCAGCAGCCCCUCUCUCCUGAACCAGGGAAGCGCAUUCGCAAGGUGGAUGUCACCUCGGGCUCCCCUUUUGCGCCUUCCAUGUUGUCCUACUUUCAAGAAGGCGAUAGAGUUGAUGGCACUUCUAUCAGAUCCACAUCUCUAAAUGUUCCCUCCAACCCCUCUUCCCUUUUGGAUCCAGCAACCUCGUCAUCAAGGCGUAGUGUGAGUACUAUUUGCCGUCCCACGGCCUUAGACAAUAUCAUGCUGGAUGAAGAUGUGCAUUUGAAGAAACUCUCCGUUCAAGUUGAGGUGGAUCAGUUGAGAAGUAUGCUGCAUGAAUUUGAACGAACGCACCUGCUCAGAAACUCUUCAAAACGAAUAUCUGUUACUGAGGCUCCUCCA